GCCGGCGCUGAGCGCGGAGCGACCGCGGCGGCAGCGGAGGGACGGCGCGGGGAGCCGAGGGACAGCGGGGACAGCCGAGGGCCAGCGGAGGGACAGCAGGGCCAGCGGAGGGACAGCAGGGCCAGCGCGGGAGCCGAGGGCCAUCGCGAUGCGGCGCUGGGCGCUGCUGGCCGCGCUGGUGGCCGCGCUGUGCGGGCCCGCGGCGGGCGGCGGGCGGCGGCGGGCGGCCAGCCUGGGCGAGAUGCUGCGGGAGGUGGAGGCGCUCAUGGAGGACACGCAGCACAAGCUGCGCAACGCCGUGCAGGAGAUGGAAGCUGAAGAGGAAGGGGCAAAAAAGCUGUCAGAAGUCAGCUUUGAGGACUUACCUCCCAACUACCAUAACGAGUCCAACACGGAAACCAGAGUGGGCAACAGAACUGUUCAGACCCAUCAAGAAAUUGAUAAGGUUACAGAUAACAAAACUGGAUCAACAGUUUUUUCUGAGACAGUUAUUACAUCCAUAAGAGAUGGAGAAAACAAAAGGAAUCAUGAGUGUAUCAUUGAUGAAGACUGUGAACCAGGGAAAUAUUGCCAGUUCUCCACCUUGGAGUACAAAUGCCAGCUCUGCAAGCCCCAGCACACACCCUGCUCUCGGGAUGUGGAGUGCUGUGGGGAGCAGCUCUGCGUGUGGGGCCAGUGCAGGAGAUCCAUUUCCAGAGGGGAGAACGGCACCAUCUGUGAGAGCCAGCACGACUGCAGCCCUGGCACCUGCUGUGCUUUCCACAAAGAGCUUCUGUUUCCUGUGUGCACACCCUUACCUGAGGAGGGUGAGCCCUGCCAUGAUCCUUCCAACAGACUUCUCAACCUCAUCACCUGGGACCUGGAGCCCGAUGGAGUGCUGGAGCUGUGCCCCUGUGCAGGGGGCCUGAGCUGCCAGCCGCAGAGCCACAGCACCACAUCUGUGUGCCAGCUGUCUGCCAAUGAAACACAGCGCACUGAAAAAGAAGAUCCCUUAAUCAUGGAUGAGAUGCCCUUUCUCAGCUUGAUCCCUGAAGAUCUCCUCUCUGAUUAUGAGGAAAGCAGUGUCAUCCAGGAAGUGCGCAGAGAAUUAGAAAGCCUGGAGGACCAAGCAGGUUGGAAGCCUGAGCCUGAGGCAGUUCAGGAGCUGGUUUUGGGAGAUGAAAUCUAAAGCCCAAAGCACCAGUUUAGUUAGUUAUUUCUAGAUUUUUUUGUUUGUUUAGUAUCUUGCUUGUAUGAACCCUGAACACACACUACUGGAUAGAAGUGCAAUAAAAAAGGUCUUCAAGGAGGAUCCUUCUCUGUGCACCAAACCUGCAUGUCCCUGUGGAGUUCAUGCUGCUGUGGAAUUCAUUCAGUGCCUAGCUUCAAACCUUCUGCCAAAUGGGAACUAUAGGAGUGCUCUUCUGGAUUUGUACUUUCCUCUUGUAUGUCAGAAAUAAACUUCUUUGUACUUGUACUCAUUAAAAAA